CUCGGGACUGGUUGCGUCCGCGUGCCACAAUCAGCCGUCACCCAUCGAAGCAACCUUGUUGGUAACGACUUGCAUCAUCCGCAGAUAAGGUUGGCAGCUUUCCGCUCAAUAUCUCGACCACAACCAGAGCGGUUUCGUUAGCCACUUUCAUUCGCGACAACUGCAGGAUCUAAGGCAGCCUCUUUCGCUGGCGCGUUCUUCUUCCCCGACCGCUCAAGUGGCAGACAGCGAGAUUGCCUAAAGUCAGGUGCGACCCCGCCAAAGCCCGGUGAAGCGUCAUCACCGAAGCCGAUAAGCUGCCGCUGUGCGCCACAACACCAACCACCAAGCACAACCUCGGUUCACGCUCUCGCCGAUACCACCGUCUGCCACCAGUUUCAUCUCAACAGAGUCGUCAUGUCAGGCAUCUGGGGCUGGUUCGGCGGUGGCGCCGCGCAGAAGCGGAAAGACACGCCCAAGAACGUCAUCCUUGACCUGCGGACGCAGCUGGAGAUGCUGCAGAAGCGGGAAGCUCACCUCACCCGCCAGAUCGAAGAGCAAGAGCAAAUUGCGAGGAAGAACGUCUCUACAAACAAGACAGCUGCGAAGGCGGCGCUACGGCGCAAGAAGAUCCAUGAGCACAACCUCGAGCAGACGCUCAACCACAUAUCGACCAUCGAGCAGCAGGUGAAUGCCAUCGAGUCGGCGAAUAUCAACCAGGAGACCUUCUUGGCUAUGAAGCGGGCAGGUGAAGCCAUGAAGCACAUACACGGCAAGCUCACGCCCGCCAAGGUCGACGAGACUAUGGAAAACCUUGCCGAGUACAACCGGUUCAACGAGGAGAUCGCCGAGGCCAUGGGCAGCGUCAGCAUCGGCGCGCAAGUGGACGAGACAGAACUCGAGGACGAGUUGGAGGAACUCCAACAGCAGGAGAUCGAGGACAAAAUGCUCAAUACAGGCGCCGUCCCUGUCGAUCGUCUGCCGGCGGUGGCGAGUGGGGAGAUCAAAGGCAAGACGCCCACAGCAGUCACAGAGGAUGACGAGGAAGCCGAGCUCAAGAGGUUGCAGGCCGAAAUGGCCAUGUGAGCGUGGAGAGUCGUCGAAGGAUGGUGGG